CCCCAGGAGCUGUGUAAUGAGAUGGACUCCAAGCUCCAUGCCUACACAGACGUGAGGAACGCCAUCCGCAGGAUGCUGGAGAGCAGCAACGUGACCCGGGGCUCCAGCACUGAACACAGCCUCUGUAUCCUGGAGCAGAAGUGGGCUACUGUCUAUGGGAAAGUACAGGACCGCAAGGUGAGAGUGAGACCUAGCCUGCUCCCAGAUCUAUGUGCUUUAGCCAACUCCUCUGGCCAUUGUUAACAUUACAUACAGGGUUGUGUUGAUUAGGGCAUGCAACAAUGUUUUAGCUACAGAAAUGAAAAUGAGCAUUUCUUAUUGGACCUUUUUCAGUCAGUUUUCUUCCGUAUGGUGCCUAUUGAACACAACCCAGAUCUGGGACCAGGCUAAGUGACACCAAUGAGGGGCCUAAGAACAUGAUGAUUAACUACAGUAUGUUUGUGAACAACCUGAGUAAAAGUGUGGUAUCGGUUUUGUUCCUAGGCUAAGCUAACCGAAGGGUUGAGCCUGGCGAAGGAGUUCCACAGUAAUGUCCAGGAGCUGCUGACCAGGAUGGCCAAAUGUGAGGAGGCCAUAGGAGUCCUGCCUGCCCCCAGCUUCAUCCUGGACACGGUCUGUGGCCAGCUUAAAGACCACCGGGUGGGUUUCUGUGUGUGUGUGUGUGUGUGUUUGUCUGUGCCUGCCUGUGAGUUUGCGUUUGUGUGUCUUUGUGUGUGAGAGUAUGUGUUUGUGCGUAUGUGUGUGCAUGUGCGAAUUAUGUUUGUGUGUAUAUGAUAAAUCAUUUCCCCCCUCAGACUCUGGUGAGUGAGGUGAACUGUUAUGGUGAGAAGAAGACGGUGGUGGAGAGUGCAGGCUCCAGGCUGACCGAGCUAAGCAGGAAGGAGGACUGUGACGUGGUUCACAACCUGGUCAUGACCGUACAGGACCGCUACAGGAAACUCCACCAGCGCACCACAGAGAGGGGCCGAACACUAGAGGAUGUCAAGAAGAACACAAAACAGGUAUAGAUACAGAACCAUCAGAUAUUCUCUGAAAUAUAUGUUUUUUGGUAAUUAUUAAUCUGUAUUUUCCACCCCACAUAAUCAAUUUCUCAACAUCCUCUAUCUAUUAACUCAUAAUAACCCUCCAAACAGUCUUAAUGCCUCAGUUUCAAUAGUCCAACUUAGAAGCGCUCUCAUGAUAACAAGCAUGUGCUAUCCUCUAAUAUUUCAGUUCAGUGAAUCUUGGCGCCUCCUACUGGACUGGAUGACUGAGGUGGAGCAGACGCUGGACACACAUAAAGAGAUUGCUGUGGACCACGAGGAAAUUAAACUGCAGCUUACCGAACAGAAGGUAGGCCUAAAUAAAUUAUAUAAAUAAUUGUAGCUCUUGUCAAUAUUGUUCUAGCUUGGAAUGUAUAUUUUAAAUCCAUUGUUUUUGUCAAAGGGAUAGUUCAGCAAAAUUACAUAUUUCACUGAACUAUCCCUUUAAUUACUGUAAUUACUAUAUAUGCUCCUAGGACUUCCAGAAGCUUCUGCGCUCGAAGCGACCCAUGUACGAGGCCACUCUAAAGAGUGGGCGGGGCCUCCAUGAGAGAUCUCAGAGCGCCCAGGACAGACAGCACCUGGAGAACCUACUCUAUGAGCUCCGGGACUCAUGGGAUACCAUCAGUGGCAAAUCCAUGGAAAGGUGAGGGACACAAUGCACUGAUGAGAGAAAUAGCAUUUCCACACACCUAAAAGUAUUUAAAACACUGGUCCCAAUUCGCUCCCAACCCCUUCCCCUAGGCCUUUGAUAUCUGUAGAUCUGAAGGGAUAGGAUAGGUUCAAUCCAAAUAGUUGUGGACCAUCCAUAAUUUUGCUUCCACCUUACAGAUCUGCAAACAUUGAAGGGAUCUGCAAACAUCAAAGCCAAGAGUAGGGAUAGGGAGUGGAUUGUGACCGGAAUCAAUUUGGGCAACAUGGUUGGCCAACUUUGACAGAGUAUAUGAUCCAAUUGAAUUUUCCUCAGGCAACACAAACUGGAGGAGGCACUGCUGUUUUCAGGCAGAUUCACAGAUGCCCUUCAAGCCUUGAAUGACUGGUUGUACAGAGCAGAGCCACAGCUGGCAGAAGACGUACCUGUCGGUGGGGAAAAAGACAUGGUCAACAAUCUGAUCGACAAGCACAAGGUCAUUUUUUAUACAUUCUGUGUAUGUGAUUCGAUAAGAUAUUGAGGCUUUCCUAUGGACACCAUAAAAAUACCUUUCUUGAGGCGUCACCUGUAAGCUGUAUGACAGCAAUACAGGGUAUGAAAUUCCUCUCAAGCUGACAUUCUCUUGGACUCUCUUGUUUCUCAGGUGUUCCAGAAGGAGUUGGGGAAGCGAGCCGGGUGCAUUAGGACCCUGAAGCGCUCGGUGAGGGACCUGACCAGGAGCAGCACUGCCGAUGCCCAUUGGUUGCAGGAGCAGAUGGACGAAUUGGAGGGACGCUGGGAGGAAGUGUGUAAACUGUCCGUCUCCAAGCAGGCCAGGCUGGAGGCAGCCCUUCAACAGGUAAGUCACCAUACUGUCUUAUUCACAUUUUACGAUCACAUUUUACUUAUCUUCAUUGUUAUGGUAUGUAAUUGUAUAGUAUGGACGGGUAUAUCAAAGUCCACAUCUCGGAUGAGCCCCCAGAAAUUGUCCAAGACAAUUUCCCCCCCGUUUUGGACAAUAAAGUAUAUCCUUUCUAAGCACUUUACUUAAAGCCUGCAGGUAUAAUGAUUUAUGACUUGUUAUAAACAUGCAUGAGGCUUUAUAAUGUCUUAUGUCUCUCUAUGAAGGAUGGUUUAUCUCAUUGUCUUUUCAUAUGUGUGUCUCUGUCAGGCUGAGAAGUUUGACAGGUUGGUUCACUCCUUCCUGGAGCAUCUGGCGGAGGCAGAGAGGGUGCUGAAGUACGGGGUCAUCCCUGAGGAGGAGGAAGCUCUGCUGGCCUUCCGCAAACAACAUGAGGUAGGUAGACAUUUGGGCUUAAUAUGACUGUAGCCUCCAUUAUUAAGGUGUAUAAAUAUCAUAAUAACAAUUCACAUCAGGGCUUGUAGAGGUUGCAAGAUACAAGUUAUAAAAGCCUGAUGCUUUAUCUAGCUUUUUAUAAUAAUAAUAAUAAUAGUACAUGGUAUUUAUGAAGUGCUUUUCAAGAACCCAAUGUUGCUUUAAAAUUGUAGAAAUGAAAAACAAGAAACUGAAAUCAAAACAAAACCAAACUAAACAAAAGGACAAAAACAUGAAACAAAGAGCAGGGUCUGGGCUCAAGGAAUGGAAAAGGUGUGGUGUCAGUGCAUGACUGAGCAAGCGGGGGGGUGGGGGGGGUUGGGGUUUAAGGGUAGGCCACGGUGAAGAGGUAGGUCUUUAGACGGGACUGAAAGAUGGUGAUGGACUCAGAGGGAGGGAGGGAGUUUCAGUUCUGUGGUUGCCUUUUCAGUAUUUACUAACUUUCAAGAUACCAAGCUGCAGAUCAUUUUGUAUUUACUCAUAGUUUUAUAUUUUGAUGGCAUUACCCAGUAGACAGGGGGGUGUAUUGAGUUCUGUGUUUGUGUCCAGGAGUCAAUCACUUCCCUGCGCUCCCAGGAGAUGGAGCUAGAGAGCAUCCAGUGUCUGAGUGAGGAAAUCCUGUCCUCCUGUCACCCAGACUCCAUCAUCACACUCAAGUCCUGGAUCAGCGUCACCAAGACCCGCUACGAAGAGGUGAGUCCACUCUUACCUACUUAGGACAUUACGUAGGACAAAAAUAUAAUGACUAUGACUUAAACGUUGUGUCAGUGUAGCCUAUUUCUAUUAGGUAUUUAAAUGAGCCUGUGCGGAGUCACCAGAAAACACUAACAUCCGGUUUUGUGCUAGCCGGUGCAAAGGGAAUGAGUGAGACAGCCUGUCAGUCAUUCUGCAGUCAGUCAGUCUGCAGUUAGUCAGUUAGUGGUGAUUUUCUGUUAGGUGACUUGUCUUGCUGAUUCCCCGUAGACAACACAGAAUCCAGGUGUGACUUUUUGCUGGUGUUCCCUCUCUCUCUCUGAUUCAGGUGCAGACGUGGGCCCAGCAGCAGGGCCAGAGGAUCCAGGCCAGCCUGUCUGCUCUGGAGGCUGAGCGGGAGAAGCUGCAGCGCCUACUGGACUGGAUCUCAUCCGCCGAGGAGGCCCUCAACCUCAGAGACCAGGAGCCACCGGCUGAGAGCAUAGAACACAACCAGGAACUCAUCGUCCAACACAUGGUAUAGUACAUAAACACAGAGUUUGACCAUACCAUAUAGUCUCUACGAGCUACAAACCAUACAGAGCACAGAACUAACAAACACAGCUAAACAGUUUCCAAUUCACACAGUAUACAAUAACCAAAUACAUUUACAUUUGACAUUUUAGUCAUUUAGCAGACACUCUUAUCCAGAGCGAUAUACAGUUAGUUAGUGCAUUCAUCUUAAGAUAGCUAGGUGGGACAACCACAUAUCACAUAGUAAGCACAUUUUCCCUCAAUAAAGUAGCUAUCAGCAAAGUCAGAGCUAGUAAGGGGGAAAAAAAGUCAAGUGCGAGUAUUAGUUCACAAAAUACUGUUCAAAUUAUUUUUAGUUAAGACUCAAAUAAUAACUCACCAUUCCUCCCUCCAGGUAUUCAUGGAGGAGCUGAACCGAAAACUACCAGAGGUUGAACAUGCCACAAAAUCCUGCAAACAAAAGCUGAUCCCCAAACAGCAGGCUUCACCGUGCCGCAAGGCACUGACAAGUGAGUGAAGGGUUAGCAACCACUUGGCUUAGGGACUUUGUAUUAUAUUGAAAACUUGUUUUACUUACAGCACUAUGCUGAGCCAUCUUAAAAUGUUGACGUGCACAUUUUUUGAGGGAUUAUGUCAAACAUGGUCUGAUUUUACAUUAAAGGCCCAAUGCACGUAAUUUUCCUGUGUUUUAUAUUUCCACACUAUGAGGUUGGAAUAAUAGUGUGAAAAUGAUGAUAAUGCCCUUUUAGUGUAAGAGCUGUUUGAAAAGACUACCUGAAAGUUCUGCCUAUUUUGAUGGGAUUGAGUUUUGGCCUGCCUAUUGACAUCACCAGGCGGUAAAUUACUUAAAAGACUAAAGAGAGUUCCAAACCUCUCUGCCAAUAACUGCUAGUUUUCAAAUCAAAUCAAAACACAUUUUAUUUGUCACAUGCGCCGAAUAGAACAGGUGUAGACCUUACAGUGAAAUGCUUACUUACAAGCCCUUACCCAACAAUGCAGUUUUAAGAAAGAAUACCAAAAAAAAUCACAAAAAAAGACAAUAUAACAUUAUAUGAAAUAAAAGUAACAAAUAAUUUAAGAGCACCAGUAAAAAUAACAAAGAUAGUCUGGGUAGCCAUUUGAUUAGAUGUUCAGGAGUCUUAUGGCUUGGGGUAGAAGCUGUUUAGAAGCCUCUUGGACCUAGACUUGGCGCUCCGGUACCACUUGCCGUGCGGUACCAGAGAGAACAGUCUAUGACUAGGGUGGCUGGUAUAGAGGUCCUGGAUGGCAGGAAGCUUGGCCCCAGUGAUGUACUGGGCCGUACACACUACCCUCUGAAAUGCCUUACGGUUGGAGGCCGAGCAGUUGCCAUACCAGACAGUGAUGCAACCAGUCAGGAUGCUCUCGAUGGUGCAGCUGUAGAACCUUUUGAGGAUCUGAGGACCCAUGGCAAAUCUUUUCAGUCUCCUCAGGGGGAAUAGGUUUUGUCGUGCCCUCUUCACGACUGUCUUGGUGUGCUUGGACCAUGUUAGUUUGUUGGUGAUGUGGACAUGUGGACACUAAGGAACUUGAAGCUCUCAACCUGCUCCACUACAGCCCCAUCGAUGAGAAUGGGGGUGUGCUCGGUCCUCUUCUUUUUCCUGUAGUCCACUAUCAUCUCCUUUGUCUUGAUCACAUUGAGGGAGAGGUUGUUGUCCUGGCACCACAUGGCCAGGUCUCUGACCUCCUCCCUAUAGGCUUUCAGUCCCCCCUCCCCCCAAUCAGACCACUCCCAGACAGUCCUUGCAAAAUUCUUGCUUGAGAAAUUGCUCUUUGCUAUUUUUAUUUUAUUUUUGACCACAGUAAGGUACUUCAUUGUUAGCCAGAAAUUAUUUGAUAUUGAGAUAAAAAAUAUGUGUUUUUUUAAAUGUAAAAUGCUUGUUGAAGUUUGUAUCUACUGAGCUAAUUGAGGUAUCCAUCUUCCUGUGUUUGCUCCAGAGAGGAGGAGCACUCUGAAACUCCAGCCUGCAGUAGUCCCUCUCCCCCUGGAGAACCUGGACCCUCAGACACCUCAGCUGUGUCAGCUGGUCAACCACUGGCAGAAACUCUGGCUCCUGGCUCUGGCCAGACAGGGCCGCCUAGAGCAGCACGAGCAGAGACUCCAAGAGGUGACUGGCACAACAUACCGCCACCUAUGUCUUAGCUCUUUGCUUCACAGCAGUAUGCUGCGUUCCCAUACAUGCUUUAUGAAUGUAGUUGUAAACGUUUGUGAGCAGCUAUUGGUGCAUUAAAGUGCAUUAGCUAAUAAGACAUUGUAAAAAUGCGUUAUGAAGAGGGUAUUCAUUGGAAGUGUUACCGAGUUUCCCUUUCAAUAGCUUCAAAUCUGAAUCAAAAUUACUCUUUGUACAGUGUUAAUGUAAUUUCUCACUAAUAUUAUUGAUUUUCAACAAACAGAUGGAGGAAUUUGCAAAUUUCGACUUUAAUGUCUGGCGCAAGCGCUACAUGCAGUGGAUCAGCCACCUCAAGUCUCGGAUCUUAGAUGUGUUCCGUAACAUCGACAGGGACCAGGAUGGACGAAUCAGCAAGAAGGAGUUAAUCGACAACGUUCUGGCAUCCAGUAAGCCCUGCCCUCAUCCCCACUCCCAGCCUCUCAGCAUCUGUCACUCAAACCCUACAUCCAUUUAAUCAAUAUCAACGGCCAUUCGUUAUUGAUUUAAUUUAUGUAUAAAACUGCCACUUGGUACUAAUGUCCUGGAGAUAACGAUGGCCUUAUUUAAUCAGCAGAAACCUUUGAUCAGUCUGUUAUUAAAAUGUUAUUGAAAUGUCAGCAUCUCCCAUCACUGAUUCAAAGUCUAAAACUUAAACAAAUCCACAUUAACAAAUCCACAUAUUACAUUUUAUAACAUUUUGUAUUCCUUCUCCUUCCUGUUUAGAAUUCCCCACCAACUCCCUAGAGAUGAAUGCAGUGGCCAAUAUCUUUGACAUGAAUGGGGACGGCUUCAUUGACUACUAUGAGUUUGUGAGUGCCCUCCAUCCCAGCCGGGAUCCCUACAGGAGGACGCUAGAUGCAGAUCAGAUCAAUGAGGAGGUAAAAUGUCACCCAGAGUUGUUUUCAUGCCCAUGAUCUUCAACGGUGUAACAACAUGCAGUUCAACGUAUUACACCUAAAGACAGUUGUGUUUGAUGAAAGUUGUCUGACUGACUGACUCCCAUAUCUCUCUCAGGUGAGUCGACAGGUGUCUCAGUGCAACUGUCCCAAGAGGUUCCAGGUGGAGCAGAUCAGUGCCAACCGCUACAGGGUGAGUGACCUUUAAGCUUUGAUUGUAUUUCGGUCAUUGUAACAAGGAACAUGUGUUUAACUGAACCCUGUGAAAACAUUGGUUAUAUGGUUGUUAAUGCCCGUGAGAAAUGCCAGACUAUUAAAACCAGUUAUGUUUUUUGUUGGUCUCUGCUGUAGUUUGGGGAUUCCCAACAGUUGCGGAUGGUGCGUAUCCUGCGCAGUACCCUGAUGGUACGGGUGGGAGGAGGCUGGACAGCACUUGAUGAAUUCCUGGUCAAGAACGACCCUUGUAGAGGUUAGUGGAGACUUAAAGUAGGACCGCACUGAUUGACAAAUAAUUCUCAAAUAUAAGGUUUUAACUUUUUGUUUAUUUUUGUCUUAGUCUUAUCUUGGAUGUUGUCAUUUCAUCCAAACUGUUUUGAAGUUUGUUAGCUGGUUAUUUAGCAACGUCCAGAAUCUCCACUAGAAUUUAGCAAUGCUAGUGGAAACAGCUUGUAUCAGUUAUUAGCAAUGCAUUCAAAAGCAUGGGGACAGCGGCCGUGGGGACCUAAGAAGCACUCUGCAGAGCUCUUUCCCAAUGCUUUUAAUACAUUCCAUUUCCACUAGCAUUGCAUCCACUACAUCCUCCAAAAAUGCUUUCUUUAAUGAAGCCAGAUUCAUAAUGACCAUUGAUGUCUGUUAUUUAUUUCACAGUGAAAGGUCGGACGAACCUAAAGAUAAAGGAGAAGUAUUUAUUCGACAACUCCCGGAGAGGAGGCUCAUCUAAAACCCUGACGGUCAGCAGGUCCAACUCCAGCCUGAGUCUCUACAGCAGCGCCUCGGCUCCAAGCAGCCCCCUAACACGCAAGGUAAGAUCCCCUCCAUCAUAGUGUACUAUCAGACCCCGACACAGUAAUAUCACUACCUUUGUAUAAGCCCACAAACCAACAAGAUAAGAUCACCUCCAUCAUAGUGUACUACCAGACCCCGACACAGUAAUAUCACUACCUGUGUAUAAGCCCACAAACCAACAAGGUAAGCUUACCACUGUAACUUUGUACUAGCCCCAAACCAACACACUCACCUUUGUAGUAGUAUGAUAGUCCUCAAAGCAAUAUGGUAAGCUCACCUAUUCAUGUCAUUGAGAUGGCUAGUAUCAUGGUUAGUUCAUCUCUUCUCCCAUGUUCCAGGCCUUACUGCGGAGGAGUCUCUCAGGCGACCGCUGCAUCCGGCCCAGGAGCUCCAUAGCUGCUCUGGGGUCAGAUCUACAGUUCUCCACUGCGGGAGAUGAUGAUUCUCUUUCACCAUCAGGUGUGUACAGUAAAUCAACCCUCUAUGAACAGAAUUGGACUUGCAAUUAUAGUACAGUUCAAAUUAGUUCAACAUGAUAGCCCUUCCAUUGACAUGAUGGCUUUUGUUUUUCAUCUUUUCAGAGGAGGCUGAAAGACUGCCCACAUGA